CAUCGCGGUUAACGGGUGCAGCAUAAAACAUGGACGACAUUUCGUUGCCUCAUGACGCUCGAGUUGAGGAUAUUUUAGCCGAUUAUUUCACGAAAAAGAUCGAAGGCAAGGACACAGAAUCGAAAGGUAAAGCCUCCGAUUCCCAACACUCAUCGAAGUCUAAAAAAUCAAAGAAGCGGAAGCACAAAAAGAAGAAAAAACACAAGUCACGGAAGGCCCAUUCAGAGAGCGAUCAAGAGGAAAAGCAUUCAAGCGACGAUGAGUGCUGGGUUGAGGUGACUGCUAAAAGAGGGGAUUCUCACACUAAGGGUGGUGGUGACACUCAGCCUCAGGGAAAGUCGGAUGCUCAAGAUCAGAAGCAGCCUGGCAUGAAUGGUGCUGCUGGAACUGCAGAGACUCCUAGCGGCAAGGUUUCAGAGUCCCCUCCGUCGUCACCAGCCAAAGAGUCUGCUGCAUUCAAAGAAAGAUCUCACCCUUCGACCACUUCAGCAGAUUCGGAAGGUUCACCACGGAAGAAUAUUAACGGAGAGCUCGUUGAAGAGUCCAACACCAAAACUUCACUGUCAAAGGAUACUAUAGAAGAUCCUCCAAAGAAAAUGGAUGGUUCAGUGGUUUCCGACAAAGACGAAAAAAAUAGCAAGGCUUCUGCAGAUGUAGACGAUCCAUCAGAUGAUGAGUCAUCUCCUAAAAAGCAAGGAAAAAAGAAGCUCCGCAGUUACAGGACGAAGCGUUGUCGUUCUUCUGGUUCCUCGUCGGAAGACCCAGAUGCGACAGAAGAAAAGACAAAGGAAGACACGCGGAGGAGUCCUUCUAGAAAGAGUACUCAAAAAGAUGACCGCUCAAGGGCUCGCCGUGACAGCAGAAGUCGCCGCAACAGUUCAAGGGAACGCCGGGAGAGAAGCGUUAGCAGAAGCAGAACCCGUCAGCAAAGACGAUCUAGCAACGAAGCUCGUGACCGCAAAAGGUCCAGGGCAAGUCGUAGCCCUAGCCGCAGGCGGUCCAGGAACAGUCGUAGUCGUAGUCGUGACCGCAGGCUACCAAGCCGACGCAGCCGUUCUCCCAAGCAGACAAUUAGGCGCAGCCACAGCCCUAAGCGAUCGAAUCGGCGAAGUCGCAGUCCAAGACAAUCAAGAGACGGACCUAGUCGUAGGCGGUCAAGUAGCAGACACAGUCGCAGCCGGAAUUUAUUAAAGAGAAGUCGGAGUCGUAGCCACAACCGUUCCUACACUACAAAGCAGUCUAGAUCCAGUCGCAGUCGCAGCCGAAGCCAGAGACGGUCAAGACGGAGCCGUAGUGGCAGCCGAAGACGUGCAAGGAGGAGCAACAGUCAGAAACGCUCGUCAAGUGGUCGCAGGUCUGACUUGAAACAUUCAAGAAGUCGCAGCUCCUCAAGAGAGAGGGCAGCUAGUAAGAGCAGAGAAAAGCGAACAGCGAGAAAAAGCACAGAUCGGAGAAGCUCAAGCAAUGAGCGAAAGGCUCUAGGGCGAGAUGGGCCGAGCGAAAAAAACGAAAUUGUAGACAGCAGUAGCCUAAACACUACCACGGUUCCAGAUUCAAAUGAACAAGCAGAUUCUAAGACUGAUGACAAGACCAGUUCAUCCAAGAAUCAAGUCGUGCUUUAUGGUCCAUUUGAGGAGGAGGAUGCCACCUUCCUUGAUGAAGAGUCUAGUCCUGAUAGGGCUAUGCCAACUGGUGUUGCUAAGCCUCCAGCUGCUGAGGAGACCACUGUCAAACCUGCGAUGAACGACCCAGAAAAUGUACAAGAAGGUGGGCCUUUACCUGCAUCCUCUGGUAAAAGUAUUCCAACGGUGGCAUUGGAGAAUAUUAAGUAUCCAGACCCAGAGACAAUACUGCUACCAGGAGAAUCUCCACGAUCAGACGACGACACAAAGCCCACGAGAUGUGUUGUGGACACCUGUGAGACUGCUGUAGAAGACAUGGACAUCUCAAAUUCACCCCUGUCAGGGGGCAUGUUAGAGGUUGAAGAGACCUUUAGCAGCAGCUAUGGGGCUGUAGAGUGCCUUUAUCAGCCACCUGGCAUUUCUCGCAGCUUUUAUGACGGCCGGGGAACAGUGCAGGACGCUCAGGUUGCAACGAGCGGAUUGCUUACAGAGCUGCACUCGGGAGAGGCUCCGGUAAAACCAGAGGGUUUAUGGGGCUUCAGCGAUUCGAGGCCACAGCAGCGUGUCAAGAUUGACUUAAACAAGCCGGUCGGACAAGUUAAGCCGAUCCUGAGAGAGAAGAAUAUCUUUGAGACGCUCGAGGCACCGAAGGAGAAUGUUUUACAAGCAAAGCUGGAAGAUAGAAGCCCUGCUAGGGCACAAUUUCACAAUGUUGCACUUGGUCCAGUGGCUGAGCAGAGGGCACCGCUUCCAAGUGGUGCUGCCAUUGAAGCUCAGACUGUUUACGUCUUGGAAACGGCUAUGGAAGAGGCAAAGUCGACUAAGGCAUCCCCUAUUCGACCUUAUCCUGUCUCGGGAGAAGCGACCAGAGCGUCCCGUGUGAGCGGAGCAGGAUGUUUUUCUGCUGUGCCAUUGCAGUAUGACGAACCUAAGCAAAGAGAUUCAGAGAAUGAACUGCCACCAGAACAGGCCGUACUACCAGCCGCAGCAGGGGUGCAUCCUGUCGCCCAGUCGCAGAUUCAGGAUCGUCCUGUUCAAACCGCGAUUGGGAACAGGUCCUCUUCAGGUGGAGAGCAACCAGAGAAGAUCUCUACUUCGUCACGCCGCCCGGGAAAGGUUACUAGUGGGGAGACUGCUAUGGAGGAAGCCCUUCAUCAAGGUCCUAGUGUUGUGGCGACCAUUGGAGACGGGACAGGUCCUCAGGACAAUAAGGUGUCUAUGUUCGAGACUUCUGAACCGACAAAGGCUGCGGCUGAUUUGGGAAACAACGAAGCUCAAGAGUUGUCUAGUACUUCCAUGCCGUCGUUGGGUGAUGUCAUUUUGUCAAGUACCAAGGAUUUGGCUGUCGACGUUAGUGGUUCUUCGAGUAAGACUAGCAUCCUCAAUGACAAGGAUGGGGGGCAAAGCCUUAGCAAAAGCAAAGAUGAGAGCCGUAGCCCCAGCCCCAGCCACAACAAAAGCCCGAGCCCUAGCAGAGGCAAAAGUCGUAGUCGGAGCAAAGACAGGCGGAGUCGAAGUCAAAGCAAAGAGAAAAGUCGCAGCCUCAGCAAGGACGGGAGAAGCCGUAGCAGGGACAGGAAGAGUCACAGUCGAAGCGAAGAUAGGAAAAGUCGGAGCCGAAGCAGAGGUAAAAAGAGAUCUCGGAAGGAAAGGAGUACGAGCAAAGAAAAGCAACGGUCGAAGCGGUCCAGGAGCAGACAGCGUAGGUCACGUAGCAGGCACCGCUCAAGGAGCCAAAGCAGAGACAGGAAGCGCCCACGCAGAAGCAGCAGCAGGGGUCGACGUAGGUCCUCCAGGAACAGGAGCGGGAGUCGAGGGAGGCAACGCUCGCCCCGUCGGAGGAGUGCCAGCAAGUCCCCCAGGAGAAGCCGUAGCAAGCAGCGGCAAAAGUCUCGACGUGGCCACAGCAAAGGCAGGGACAAGUCUUCGAAGAAGAGAAGCCGAAGCAGGGAGAAGAAGAAGUCAAGAAAGAGCCGCAGCAAAGAGAGGAAGUCUUCGAAGAAGGGAAAACAUGGCAAGGAGAAGUCAUCUAAGAAGAAGAGCUCUCGGUGCAAGGAGUCAUCAUCACCAGAUUGUAAAGCUGAGCAAAAAAGUGACACUGAAAGCACUCCUCAAAAAAGUGACAAUCUACCAGACCCUGCUGAGGAGAAGCCCCAUGAUAAUGGCAAAGCAGACUCAGUUAAAAUUUUCAAUGAGUCUGUGAAAGAUGUAGAGAUGAAUUCUGAAGAAUAUACUGUGUUACCUCAACAAGGCACAAUCACUAGAGGAGAGGACUCUCUUCUUGAACAGGGAAAGCAUUUGGACCUUGUUAGCGACAGUGUCACUACAGAACUCCAACCUGAGGUAAGCUCUGUAGAAGCUACCGAACUGCCUGCUGAAAGCAGCCAAAAGCAUGAUCCAAUGGCGCAGUUGGAUGGUGUCAUUGAACGUCAGUCAGCAUCUGACCUGGGGUCAAGCAGCCAGCAGACAGACUUGGCUAUUUCCACUGGUCAGCAUUUAGACCAUUCAGCAACUGUCACCAACAUCGCCCCCGACCUUGAAGAGAUACCGACUUUGUCGAAGAGCGACCCUAUAGAGACAAAAACUGAAAUCAUUGACAAGACUCUAGACGAAAAAGAGGUGCCACCCAGUGAAAGUUUUACUGAUGCCAAGCAGGUAUCCAAUGACAAAUCUCCUGUUGCAGAAAGGGAGGAAUCCUUUGCUCAGGUAAACAUUGAUCGAGAAGAACUUGCGUCGACAGAUGUCAGUCAGGUAGAGGAGGCACCCUCUUCCAAAGACCUUGAUCAAGAUCGACCACGGCAGGGCGACAGCUCCCCCAUAAAGCCCCAUGGUGAAGGUGGUACCACUUCGAAGCCUCGGAGUUGCAGUUCAAGCAUGUCGAGGUCACCAUCCCCAAGUAGGUCCAAGGACGGGGCAGAUUCUCGCUCGAGAAAGCGAAGCCCUACUCCAGAGAAGCGUAAGCGCCAGAGAAGCAAAAGUGUAUCUCCGAAGAGAAGAAGUCGUAGCCGGGAGAAGAAAAAAAGUCACAGCCCCGAGAGGCGAAGCCGCAGUCGUGAAAAGAAGCGUAGCCGCAGUCGAGAGAAGAAACGAAGCCGUAGCCGGGAAAAGAAGAGGAGUCGUAGCCGGGAAAAAAAGAGGAGUCGCAGCCGGGAAAAGAAGAGAAGCCGUAGCCGAGAGAAAAAGAGGAGCCGCAGCCGGGAAAAGAGAAGUCGCAGCAGGGAGAAAAAAAGAAGCCGAAGCCGUGAGAAAAAACGAAGUCGCAGUCGUGACAAGAGGAGCCGCAGCCGAGACAAAAAGAGAAGCCGCAGCCGCGAAAAAAAGAGGAGCAAAAGUCGAGAGAAGAAACGGAGCCGCAGCCGAGACAAGAAAAGAAGCCGAAGUAGAGACAAGAAGAGGAGCCGCAGCCGGGACAAGAGGAGGAGCCGCAGCAGAGACAAAAAGCGAAGCCGCAGCAGGGAGAAACGAAGAAGUCGAGAGAGGAAGAAUAGUCGUAGUCGAAGCCGCGACAAGAAAAGAAGCCGAAGUCGGGAACGAAGAAAAAGUCGCAGCAGGGACAGAAACAGGAGCAGAAGCCGGGACAGGAAAAGAAGCCGUAGCCGGGUCAGGUCGCCCAUUCGAAGGAAGAGCCGGAGCCGGGAAAGAUUGCGCAGGAGAAGCCUCAGCAGGCGGAGGUCCCCGAUACGCAAGAAAAGCCGAAGCCGGAGCCGCCGGAGGUCCAGGAGCCGCAGCUCCGAAAGGCGACGACUGAGGAAGAGUCGCAGUCGUGAAAGGGAGCCAUCGGUGGUCAAAGUAGACAAGGCUCAGCUCUUGGAAGCGGCACGCAAGAACAUGCAAGCCAUGCUUCAGCGUGGGGUGGUAGCUAAAGGCCUGCCCGUGGCUGCAGCCGCAGCCGUCAACGCCACGGUCAAGGUCGUGGCGGCGGCAGUGGCAGCCGCGGCUGCGGAUCCAAGCUCCUCGUUGGCCGCGACUUUGGCCGUCUCAUCCACCCCACCGUCGACCUCGAUGGCACCGGCAGCCAUGCCGGUGACCAUGGCGGAGGCCGCAGCGGCCGCAGCGCUGCCGUCGGCGAGGACCUCCAGCGAAGAGCAACCAAAGGUCAAGAAGUCCCUGGCUGCUCUGACAGAUAUCUGCAAGGCCAUUUCGGAGGAGGAAAAGCGAGAGUACGCCGGCGAAGUGGAGCCCAAGACGGCGGACGAAGUCGCCCAAGAGUUCCACGAGACUCACCACCACCCAUUCAAACUCAAGGACCCUCCGCCCCCGAUUAGGUUUAACAUUCCUAACGCCACCAACCUCCCCAUCAAGACACUCGCCGAGAAGGUGGCAGACGCCGCCCACCUCCACAAACAGUUUCCCGUGUCGAGUGGCAACCAGCACCGAAUCAAAGAGCUAGAAUGGGUGCCCGUGGAGAAGCCUGACCCGUCGCCCCCGGCGGCCCCGAAGUCCAAGGGUGGCAAGUCUGCCGGAGCCAGGGACGAUCCGGACGCAGUGGGGAUUGCCAAGUCCCCCCCUCGCCCCCUCCCCGCCCUUCCCCCUCCCCCCGCCCUCAAUACCUUCUCCCCUCUGCCCACCAUCGCCACUCCGCCUGUGUUCCAGGUUCAGCCGGAGCGGCAGACGGUGUCUGUGGCCGUGGUGCCUCCGACACCCAAGGCGGUGGAGGCGCCGGCGGGAACCAUGUCCGGGGACACGAACGACCUCGCAGACAUAAUGAAACGGCGAGUCGAGGCCCUCAAGGCUUUGAAGGAGAAUCCCAUGGACCUGGAAGCCAUGAAGGUCUACCACAACUGCCACAAACAGUUCCAAGCGUGGGCGCUUUCGAAACACGAACCGGGCCAGUAUACAGGUUCUAUAGACUUCAAGCCCCUCACUCCGGACGAGCUCUCUGGCCCCAACCCUGCCUGGGUUAAAAAGGACCAGUUUGUGAGGGCUGCUCCUGUGUGUGAGGGCAUCGGGAUGCACCUUCUGAGGAAGAUGGGAUGGGCACCCGGGGAAGGCCUGGGCAAGAACAAGGAGGGCUGCCUGGAACCCUUGUUGCCUAGCAUCAAGACCGACAAGAAAGGUUUGGUUUCGGACCUGGAGCUUAGGAGGUCUGCUGCUCCAGCACACCACGACUUGGGAGGCAAGCACCCAGUCUCUGCCUUGACCGAGAUGUGCAUAAAAGCACGUUGGGGACCACCGGAAUUUGUCUUGGUCAACGAGAGCGGGCCGGAUCAUAAGAAAAUGUUCCUGUUCAAGGUCAAAGUAAACGGCAUGGAGUUCCAGCCUGCCGAACGAAGUGCAAACAAGAAACAUGCGAAAGCUCAGGCUGCCAUGCUGUGUCUUCAAGAGACCGGCAUCAUCGGAAAGUGUUCUCCUACCGGUUCUUUUACGAGUUCAGGUGCACAGCUCAGUUCAGUGCCACAGUCCUUUCUGUAAUUUCCGGGGAAUAUGCAAAUUUUUGGGGGUAGUAAAUGCAGAAGCCUGGCACCGAAAGUGUACCACUAUUGUGAACAAAGUUCGGGUUUAUAGUUCCCAUCUUAGACUUUUGCAGUUCAUAAAUAAGGGAAGUCAUUGUACAAACCAUGUUUUGGUAAUAUGAUGCCGGUACUGGUAAACUGCUGGUUUCCAUAAUUUCUUCAUUUGGUUCUUACUAAAAUGUCAAAAGCAGUGCCAAUGAAAAGAAGUAUCAAUGUGGGCCUUACCCCAAUAGGGAAGACCCACAUUCCCCUUGAAUUCUUGUUUUCUUUUUUUUCCUGUGCCUUAAAACAAGAAAUCUGAGCUAGUCAAAGUAUUUUGUCUGGCAAUCCAAAGCAUUUUGUUGAAAACAUUUUUCAAGGUGUCCUAUUUGGAGUUGAAAUCUCUGCAGAAAGACUCAACUCCCUAGACAACUUUCCCCCUGUAGUCUUUUCAAAAAACUGUCGCGCUUGACUUAAUGUUAAUUAACGCGUACUGAACUAGUUUCAAUCAUUGUCACUGAAUCUGUGAUAAUUUGUCAGUCUUUUCAUUUUCCAGCACAUUGCAUUAGUAUAGUAUUUAAUAUAUUCAAGCAUUCACCACCAUGUAUUGUUAAAGGCUGUGAUUACAAUCCAUCUAUAGACUGUUGCAAUACAAGAUCUGUGGAAAGGGCUCUGCCCCCAAAUUCCGGAAGAAAUGUAUAGUAUCACUACCUUAAAAAAAAAAAAAAAAAAAUCUUUUGGAUUUUUUUUUUUUUUUUUUAUGUUGGCAGCAACAAUAUAUUAUAAGCCUCUUGGCACACGGGGAAGGUUCAUUGCGGUUUGUUUGGAUAACCUUUGAAGUAUGUGUGGGUAAGGCCUCCCCUGUACAUCUUGUAUGGCAACACAGUGUAGUCAUAUUCAUUUUGCUGAGACUUGUAUUUAUGAUAAGUUGAGUCUUCAUGGAACCUUUUUGUAUUAUGCUCAUUCAUCUUUACAUGUUGCUUUUACUGAAAACUUUUUGCUUAUUUACAUGCAAUUUCUGACCAGGCAAAAAGUUUUUUUUGUUCCUGAUAAAGUUGCAUUGUAUGAUUGCAUAGAGUCUGCUACUGUUUAGUUUCCACUCGUAAUUAUUUCUGAAAUAAAGCCUUCCAGCUGCA